GACGCGAAGGAUCCUGCGUGCGGAAAUCAAUAAAGCUGUAGAAAUGUGCCUCGGGAAAUCAAGGAUAACCGCCGUUUAAACUACCGACUUUGUCCACUCGAACCGGAAAAACCUACCCCUAUUUUUUCUCAUCUUUCGCGAUCGGACUGUUCGAACACGAAGCCGCCGAAUAGUAAGUUCAAUCCGGUUGGGACGGCUGGAAAAAUGCGCCGAUUCGCGAUUAAUUACGUCGCUCCACUAGCCCAGUUACCGAGUUUUCCGGAUAAUAAACAGCGCUCCUUCUACGUGUGACAGCGGAUCCUCCAGGCAAAAUGUUCCGAUUCGCGGCGUACUCGAUUUGUUUGUUGUUGAUUUUCUCCAAAUGUUGCCACUUCCAAAAACCGAACGUGGACAAUAAAAAGCACGACGUUUACGUCGCCGGGUUCUUUCCCUAUGGAAGAGGCGUCGAAAAUGCUGGCACAGGUCGAGGUGUUAUGCCCAGUGUUAAGCUGGCUUUGGACCAUGUUAAUGAGCACUCGUCUGUUCUAAGAAACUACAGGCUGCACAUGUGGUGGAACGAUACUAUGUGCAAUGCUGCAGUGGGAGUGAAAGCAUUUUUCGACAUGAUGCACAGUGGCCCCAACAAACUGAUGUUGUUCGGCGCAGCCUGUACUCAUGUCACAGAUCCCAUAGCAAAAGCUUCCAAACAUUGGCACCUAACACAGCUAUCGUACGCUGACACGCACCCGAUGUUCACCAAGGAGAAUUUCCCCAACUUUUUCCGAAUAGUACCGUCGGAGAACGCUUUCAAUUCGCCCAGGCUGUCGCUGCUGAAGCAGUUCAAUUGGACCAAAGUCGGGACGAUAUACCAGAACGAGCCGAGGUACUCUCUGGCCCAUAACAGAUUAGUCGCCGAGCUGGACACGAUGGGCUACCAGGUGCUCGAAACGCAGAGUUUCACCAACGAAGUGAAUUCGGCGCUGACGAAGCUGAAGGAAAAAGACACCCGGAUUAUUUUAGGCAAUUUCAACGAGAAGUGGGCUCGAGAGAUCUUCUGCGAAGCCUACAAGCUGAAGAUGUACGGCAAGAAGUACCAAUGGAUCAUCAUGGGCACCUACACAUUCGAUUGGUGGCAUAAAUUAGACCCGGAAUUCAACUGUACGCAGGAGGAACUGCAAUCGGCUUUAGAGCAAACUAUUUUGACUGAUCUGUUGCCUUUAUCCACCAGCGGGGAAAUCACUAUAUCCGGAAUCACCGCAGACGAAUACAACACUGAAUACGAAUCGCGCAGAGGCAACGAAUACUCCAGGUUCCACGGCUACACCUACGAUGGAAUCUGGGCCUUAGCUUUGGCCAUACAAAACGUAGCUCACAAAGUGAAAUAUUUCCGCAGGAACGAAUCCGUCGUGGAUUUCAGGUAUAGAGAUCCCAUGUGGGAGAGACUGUUUUUGGACGCUUUACACAAUACCAGUUUCGAAGGCGUAACGGGGCCCGUUAGAUUCUACGAUAACGAAAGAAAGGCGAGUAUUCUCUUGAAACAAUUCCAAGAGGGCCAGGAGAUCAAAGUGGGAGAGUACAGUGCAGCAACACAGCACUUAGAUCUGACGUUAGGAGCACCACUCAAGUGGAUAGGGAAGCACCCCCCGAAGGAUAGAACUUUAGUUAUAAUCGAACAUACCAGGGUAAACAAGACUGUUUAUGCGAUAUUAGCAACGUGCGCGGUAUGCGGCAUAAUAAUGGCGAUCGUAUUUCUGGCUUUCAACAUUAAAUUUCGCAAUCAACGUUACAUUAAAAUGUCGAGCCCGCAGCUGAAUAACUUGAUAAUUAUCGGCUGCAUGCUGACCUAUACCAGCGUCAUCUUCUUGGGCUUGGACUCGGGACUGUCCAGCAUCGAUGCCUUUCCGUACAUUUGCACGGCCCGAGCUUGGACUCUUAUGGCCGGAUUCUCCUUGGCCUUCGGAGCUAUGUUCAGCAAAACUUGGAGAGUUCAUUCUAUAUUUACGGACGUGAAGCUGAACAAGAAAGUCAUCAAAGACUACCAGCUAUUUAUGGUUGUGGGGGUUCUGCUUUUCAUCGAUUUAGCCAUCAUGACCACUUGGCAAGUGGCGGAUCCGUUUUACAGGGACACCAAGCAAAUGGAGCGUUACCCUCAUCCAUCGAAUGAAGAUAUAAUCAUAAUUCCUGAGAAUGAAUACUGCGCGUCGGAACACCAGACGAUAUUCGUUGGGUCGAUAUACGCCUACAAAGGUUUGCUGAUGAUUUUCGGAGCUUUCUUGGCUUGGGAAACGCGUCACGUGUCGAUUCCAGCUCUAAACGACAGCCGACAUGUCGGUUUGUCCGUUUACAAUGUUGCUAUUAUGUGCAUUUGCGGCGCCGCAGUCGCUUUGGUGUUGGUAGAUCACCAGGAUGCCAUGUUUUUAAUUAUUGGAGUAUUCGUGAUGUUCUGCACUACAGCAACAUUGUGGCUGGUAUUUGUGCCGAAGAUGCUGGAAUUGAGGCGAAACCCGGCUGGGUCUAUAGACAAAAGGUUCCGGCCGACACUCAGACCGAUGUCGAAAACUAGGAGGGAUUCUAGCGCGUCUGAAUUAGAAUCGAAAAUAAAGGACGUGAAAAGCUUGAAUUCCAAGUAUAGGAAGACCCUCUUGGACAAGGAGUCCGAGUUACAGAUGCUGAUAAGGCGUUUGGGUAACGAAGCGAAGGAAAUACUGGACUCUAGAGAAUCCAUGACUGAUACCAACAGAUUAUCCGUGCCGUUGUUGCGGCGAGAAGCGCCCAGUGCAACAGAAACCAGCGAUUUGACAUCGCUGUGCAGCUUGAGCUCGCAGGACUACGCGUCACUGCAGCGAGCUGAUAGUCAGAACCACCAAAGUCACCAUAGACUCAAAAAAAGGAAAGUAGGUAUCGAAUCACCUAAGCUAGAAAAAUCUCCGCAAAACACAGCGAAAUAUGAGGAAGACCAACCCGAACAGAGACACCUAAACGGGAACCUCAAACAAAACAUCGAACCCACCGAAAUCGACACUGUUUACAACAACGUAAAAGAUGCUGUGCCGCCAGACUACGAAAUUCCACCCCAGCAAACUGACUGUAAGAAAGAAGAGGCCAAAACGAAGACUCCCAUUCACGAGAGACGGAUGUCCCAAUCGUUCGACUCGGGAGCGAUGACGGUAACCCGGAGAAAAUCGAGUUUGAAGGCAGAGUCGUUGCCUGAAGAAGAAACCGCUUGUUACCACGGCAGAACGACGCCCAAGAAAAAACCUGAAUACGGCACUCACGUGGUAUCGAAAAGCGAACUUUGGGAUACGGGCAGUCAGCACAGAUGCAUGAAAAGCCAUCAGAAAAGCAGCAGAGUUAGCAUAUCUCAAGACGAAGACGAUUCCUCGCAUAUCCAUCGAACUGUAUCGGAAAGGAACCGGCACUCAUCGCCAAGGGAAAAGCGGGAAAAAUCCCCGGCGAAGAAGCAACAAGACCAGCAGAAAAUGCCGACGAACAUCAGCAAUCAAAAGUGCAACAAAUUGGGCUAUUUCCAAAGUACUCCUAACGUAAAUUCGUUGAAAACCACGUCUCAACAGCCCAAAAGGGACAAAUCGAUGUACAAUGCUACAUCGGAAAGCGAACUUUUAGACCGAGAGAUUUUACCGAUUUUCCAAAAAUUAUUAACGGAACGCAAUAAAAGCCAGCAUAAUAUAGACUAUUCGUUCGGCAGGUCGUGUCCCAAUAUUUCGAUUAAGUGCGACAUCGUCGAAUAUUUGUAAAUUUAUAUGCCUUCUUAUAAAUGGACUUAGGCUAACUACAUAGGUACAUAUUAGAGACUACAAUUUUAUGAAUGAUUAGAACAACACAGAGAAUAACUGCAUGUAAAGUUAGGUGCAGCAUAUAACCAAAAUAACAAGCAAAAGGAUGGGUAUUAAUCUACAUAUUAUUACGUAAAUAGUUGCGCGCCUUCGCAGGUAAUUUGUAUCAAAUUAAGUCGACAAAAUUUUGUGUAUAAUAAUAGUACAUAGGUAUUAUGUCUUGUCAAUUUAUUAACUUCGUAAGAUUUAAAUAUAGGUGAACGUCCGAUCCUAAAUAUAAUUUCAAUUUUUUACAAAAUUUACAUUCGAAACUUCGUAGAUAGAUAAUAAUCAUCCCCUUGAAUAGUUUUGCAAUGCUCUGUGGAAAUUUUCAGGUGCAUUUAAUUUUUUUUAGAUUAAAAAAUUUCUGAUAGUUUACAUUAGGUUUUGUUAACUUAACAAAUUUGUAUCGCAACGAAUAAUUACACUGCCAAUUUAUUAGUUUGUUUUAGUAUGUAAUUUAUUCUUAGUUAUAAUUUUUUUAAUGUCUCUGUGCAUUGCAAAAAUCAAAUGUACCUAGUCUAAGGCUUUAAAUAAAAUGUAGUUAAUUUUGUAAAUGUUCACUGUAAAUAUUUUUUAACACUUAGAUUAAUUCUGUGUAUUGUACACAAAUCUUGGAAAGAACUUUAAUAUUAAAUUACCUAUGCUCUUUUAGUCGAUUUAUUAAAAAUCUUGAUUAUACAUUUUUGUUAAUGUUAUUAAUAGUUUAAAAUGUUGUUUAAUUGUAAACGCUGUUGAGAAAAGGUAAUAUUAUGUCUAAAAUGUAUCUCAUCAAGAAGGUAGUACAUAUAACUAUGUUAUCCUUAACAAACCAUCCAAUUAUUGUGAAACCUUAUUCAAAUUUUAGAUUAUUAAUAAAUUCUCCCCAAAUUAUUACAUUAAGCAUUUAAUUUAAAUAUUUACAAGUUUAAUACAACUAUUUUGUGGCUACCUAUUAGAAAUUCCUCCUUCUACUAGUUUUCUCAUUUUUUCAUUAAUAUCCUCGGAUUUCUUCUCGGGUGCUACCAACGGUUUUAUCCAAUGGUUUCCAAAAUGCAAGAUAACAGCUGCUCCUACUAAUACUCCUACCAAACCAGCUUUCUUGGAUAAUUGCAAUGCCAUAAUUAAUAAUACGUUGAAAUAAUAAAAUGACUAGAACAUUCUAAUUUUGAAAAAUUAUUAGUAGAAUU